AUGAUGGCCAUCAUCGGCAUGUUCUUCCAGGAUGGCCUCACCGGCAGCGCCUGGGGAGACUGGGCCAACUACACCGCCUCGCCUUUGCGAGCAUUCGAGAAUGAGCUCGGAGUGCAGGCGCCUUUCGGCUUCUUCGAUCCCCUCGGCCUCACGAAGGCGUCAUGCACAGCAAGCAUGCGGCAGGGAAACCAUGGUUAA